UUCUGCGCACGACCGCCCCGCAGCCCGAGGGAGGGCGAGGUCCCCCUCCGAAUUCGCGAGCCACCACCCUCCGCUGGAGCUCCAGGGACGCAGCAAGAGUGGCGAACCCCGGCACGCCCUGCAGCACCCGUGGAGGGCGAGACAGACUGCAUCGUUUGGAUCUGCGCGGGGCGCCCCUCCGCUGACCCCCCCCCCCCAAAAGGGGGGGCGCGAGCACGCGGCGAUGAACGUGCGCGACUGGCAGCGCCCGAGGAGGGCGCGGUCUGGCUCGGGUCUGCAUGGGGCGCCCCUCUCCGCCGGACCCCCCCCCCCCCGGGAGGCGCAGCGCAACCCGCGCGCGCACGGCGGCACCCGGGGAAGGCGCAGCCCGCAAGGCAUCCGCGUGGAUCUCCACCCUGCUCGCGCACGGGCGAGGCCCCCGGCCCUGCAGCAUCCCGCAGCCCCCCGCGAGCAGGGCUCGCGCGGCGCACGCGCUCUCGCAGCGAGGCUCACGGCGCUCCUGCCCCGCGUGCGCGCCCCCCAGACCCCCUCCAGAGGAGGAGGAGGAGGAGGAGGAGGAGGAGGAGGAGGAGGAGGGCGCGACUCCCGGGCGGGGCGGGCGGUGGACGAGGCCAUGCCCUGGCGGUGGGAGCCACCGCCUCGAGAAGCAGCAGCGCGCGCCGCACUGCUGCAGCCCGGCGGCCUCACUCCGCGGGCGGCCUGCCCUUCACCACCGCCACGUGCGCGGGCCGCAGCACGCGCCCGUGCAGCACCCACC